AUGCAUACGAGGAAGGGCGACAGUGCCGGUGACUUCGCUGGAGGGAGCGAUGGGAGUGUUGUUGUAUGGCAUCGUGGGAUCUACCGACGACUUUCCGCCCUCUCCACCGCCGAGAGUGGCCUUCACCAGCAACAGGACAUUGCCUCUCCCGAAGAAGUGCGCGUCGCAGAAGAGAUUGCUGAGAUUAAGCGAUAUGAAGACUUCACCACCAUCGACUGGGUCCAGGAUGCCGCCCGCGAACAUCAACGUCGCAAGACCCGUCGCUUAUCUCGAGCUGCGCAUACUCGAUCUGGUCAACGACUAGGCUGGAGACACAAAGUCUGGGAAGCGUAUGAUGCUGCCCAGGGCUGGAUUGUGGUCACCUUGAUCGGCACAGCCAUUGGCCUCAACGCUGCCUUUUUGAAUAUCGCGACUGAGUGGUUGUCAGACACCAAGCGGGGCUAUUGCACGACUGCCUUCUAUCUGAAUGAGCAGUUCUGUUGUUGGGGUGCUGAGGAAGGGUGUCCCGAGUUUGUGCAUUGGUCGAAUUGGAAAGGCGUCAACUAUGUCAUCUACAUUUUCUUUUCGACCUUCUUCGCUUUCACGAGCGCAAGGCUGGUGAAGAGUUUCGCUCCGUAUGCCGCGGGAAGUGGCAUCUCCGAGAUCAAGUGCAUCAUUGCUGGGUUUGUGAUGAAGGGCUUCCUCGGCUUCUGGACUCUCCUGAUCAAGAGUAUAGCUCUGCCCCUAGCCAUUGCAUCGGGAUUGAGUGUGGGAAAGGAGGGCCCGAGUGUGCAUUAUGCGGUGUGCACAGGCAAUGUCAUCAGUCGCAUGUUCGACAAAUACCGACGCAACGCUGCCAAGACGAGGGAGAUUCUCUCUGCGUGUGCUGCUGCUGGUGUGGCUGUGGCUUUUGGAAGUCCCAUCGGAGGUGUACUGUUCAGCUUGGAGGAAAUGAGCAAUUACUUUCCGUUGAAGACGAUGUGGAGGAGCUACUUCUGUGCUCUGGUCGCUACCGCGGUGUUGGCCGCCAUCAACCCCUUUCGCACGGGACAGCUGGUCAUGUUCACUGUGAGGUAUGAUCGGACGUGGCACUUUUUCGAGAUCCCCUUCUACAUCAUCAUCGGUAUCUUCGGAGGCUGCUAUGGCGCCUUCGUCAUGAAAUGGAACUUGCGAGCUCAAGCUUUCCGAAAACGAUACUUGACUAAGUUCCCUAUCCUGGAGGCUACCAUACUGGCUGCGGGAACGGCAAUCAUCUGCUACUGGAACAUGUUUCUCAAGAUCGACAUGACGGAGAGCAUGGAGAUUCUCUUCCUGGAGUGCGAAGGCAGCCAUGAUUACGAUGGGCUGUGCGAGAAACAGAACCGCUGGCGAAUGAUCUUCUCUCUAUUGUUUGCCACUGUUCUUCGCACGUUCCUCGUCAUCAUCUCAUAUGGCUGCAAAGUCCCGGCGGGGAUUUUCGUGCCUUCGAUGGCCAUCGGAGCAUCCUUUGGCCGCAUGCUUGGCAUCAUGGUUGAAGCCCUACACGAGUCUUUUCCCGACGCAGCAUUAUUCUCCGCCUGCGAACCGGACGUCCCAUGUAUCACCCCGGGCACAUAUGCAUUUCUGGGAGCGGGUGCUGCUUUGUCGGGAAUCAUGCAUCUUACCGUCUCCGUCGUGGUCAUCAUGUUCGAGCUUACCGGUGCAUUGACAUACAUUCUCCCGACCAUGAUUGUCGUGGGCAUCACCAAAGCUGUCUCCGAGCGUUUCGGCAAAGGGGGCAUUGCAGACCGAAUGAUCUGGUUCAAUGGCUUUCCCUUUCUCGACAACAAAGAAGAUCAUACAUUCGGUGUACCCGUCAGUCAAUCCAUGACGGCUGAUCCUACCGUCCUGCCUGCUACCGGCCUCACCAUCCGGAAAGUUGAGCAAAUUUUAGCUGAAGCGAAAUUUCAAGGGUUCCCCAUUGUGGAAGACGUGCGGACUCGUCUGACGUUAGGAUACAUUGGCCGAACAGAACUGCGCUAUGCCAUCGACCGUGCCAAACGCGAUCAGCCCAUUGCAGCUACUGCCAAAUGUUUCUUUGCCCCCAGCGAGGGCCCCCGGACCGCUACCACGCCUUCUGCCUCUGCACCAGCUGUAUCAUUUCAUGACGCACCCGGUGGAGCAGCAGGCGGGAGCGUAAUGUCUGUAGAUUUCAGCAAAUUUGUUGAUCCCACUCCACUGGCAGUCCAUCCACGUCUUCCCCUGGAAACUGUGAUGGAAUUGUUCAAGAAACUGGGCCCCAGAGUGAUCCUCGUCGAACACCGUGGUCGACUGACAGGUCUAGUGACUGUCAAAGACUGCCUCAAGUUCCAAUUCCAGCACGAGCAGCAUGAGAAUCCCCGCGAUGAUUCCAGUCAGCUGCGCAAUCAAGAGCAGAUAUGGCUGAUAUUGCAAUAUGCUGCGAUGUGGGCGGGCGGCAAGCUCAGCUGGUUGGGAGAACAAGUUGGUCUGCGGAAGAGAUUGAGGCUGGACAGUGGUGGACGAUACUCCGAAUUGGGAGGUUCCCCGACGCAAGCGGAAAACCACACGCGAGAGAGCCGCCAUCAAAGUGCGUCGGGACUAGAUCCUGAAGGGGCGGGACCUGCUGCCGGAGGAGUAGAGUUGGAAGAUCGAAGAAAUGUAGUCAGCUGAGAAGAAAUCAGUUCAUGAAAAAUCCAGAUACUUGUACGAGCAGUCAAAGACCCAUUUUGAAUGAAAAUACCUACCUA